CGUCAAUUGAUGGUCUAAGUAACAAGCUCUUGUCACGACUCAACAAGCACAAUAAUACACAGCGAUCAUCUUCUUUUUGAUACCCAAUCCAUAAAAAUAACUACACGAUAUUCACCAUGAGUCUAAGCGCCAAAGUCAAAGAUAUUCUACACUCUGGCGAGUCCAAGGACAGAUCCACAGCAGACAAUACCCAGCACCCACCUGGAUCAUUCCCAACAGAAGAGAUGGAGCCUAGCGAAACUUACGAGGGCUACUCCAAGGGAUACGAACACAAUAAGCUUCACAAGGCUGACGAUCCUCGAGGAUGGACUCACGGCGAUAACAAUGCACCUCGCGGCCAUGCGCACAAGGAUUCUGGUGUUGGACUCACCGAACAUGACCCAACUUCCUACAAGCCUUCUCAAGAACCCAUCUCCGAGAGACGCAACGAUCCUCUCAACAGAACUACUGAGUCCACUGCCGCUGGUGGCUUGGGAGAUACCACCAACCUCGCAUCCAAGGAGGGCACGAGUGGCACCACUGCACCAUCUACCUCAGAGCAUCCUCACUGGGGAGACAUUCCUAGCGGAGGCGCUCACAACUCUGUCGUCGGUCAUGGCAGCCCCGAAGAUGAAAACGCACGCCACCGAGCUGUUCAUUCAGGCGCGGCCCAGCCAACUCGAACGUCAGGUAAUCUUGAGAGUGGCACAUUCCUUCACCGCCAUGAUCGCGAUCAGUCAUCCUCGAAUAACAAUCCUCAUGAUGCCCAGCGACUUGCUCAAGAGAACCCGAACCGAGAAACAUCUGACUCCAACUUCAACAAGGGCGUAGCUGGCGCUGGUGCUGCCGGAACUGCUGCCCUUGGAGCCCACGAGCUCAACACGAGACGCCAUGCCGAUGAGACACCAACCAAGGCGGAUCAAACCACCGAAAAAACUCAUUCCGAGGAACAUAAGGGCAGAUCUUUCCCUUUGCUCGGCAAGGAUCACAAGAACCAUCACAAAGAGACCAAGGAAGACAAGCACGCCAAGGAACCCAAGAAGGAGCACGAGAGCAAACUGGGCGCUCUCUUCCACCGACGUGGCUCUAAGGAUAAGACUGAGACAGAGGCAAAAGCUGAGCAAGAGGCUGACAAGAAAAGACAUUCUCAUUCUAAGGCUGCUCCUGCUCUAGCUGCCGCUGGAGCCGGCGGUGCUUAUGCUGUUACCAGGGACCGACAUGAUGAUAAGCAGCGUGAUUCAACUACUGGUACUCACCAGGAUCCUUCUGCUACUCGAGGCGCGACUCAGCACCCUGCUGCUGGACUCGGCUCUACCAGAGAUUACAGCACUCAGGGCAGUCAGCCUACUACUGGUGCUAUGCAACAGCCAUACCAGCAAGACUCUCACAGAGGCACCGGACUUGCUACUGGUGCCGCUGCUGGUCUUGGAGCUGGAGCCCUUGCGUCUCAUGAGUCGAGCAAGAGACACGAUGAGGAUCGCUACCUAAGCAACGACAGCUCUCAGCGAGCUCAGCCUAGAGCCACUGGUACUGGGUCCGCUCUGGGUGGCACUUCCGCCUCUGGGUUCGAUAGCUCUAGACAUGAGCCCUUCCCAGGAUCUCACAACCAGUCUCAUCACUCGACUCACCAUUCUACACUUGCUGAGAUCGCCAACGCUGGAAAGUACAACACUCUUGCAUCUGGCACCCCCUCUGGUGUCAAUUACGACGAUGAUGUUGACACCAGCCGUUCAACCCAGCAAGCUCAUGUGGAUACACCUCAGAAGAAGGAUAACCACUACGGUACCGCUGCGGGGCUGGGUGCCGCUGGCGCUGGAGCUGGAACUGCUGCAGCUCUAUCUCGCAACAGUGAUGAGAAGCCUGUCGAUAAGGAGGGUUUGACUCGUCAGACUGAACCGCGAACUGAGCGGCAACUCGAUCGUGAUACGGAGUCUCACAAGCCGAUCACUGGAGCUGUUGCGCCUAGGUCGGGUGUUAGCAAGCCUGUUAUUCACAAGUGUCAGAAGUGUGGUGAGGAUAAUGAUAUCAGCCAGUACUUUACAUCUAAUGCAACUGGAAAGAUCUAA